CCUCAAAACUGAGCUGUCACACUCUCCUCUCCUGUCUCCUCCUCUCUUCUUCGCUUCGGUACUUCCGAAGAUUUGAUUUUUCUUUACACACUCUCCUCUUCUCUCUCUCUCUCACACACACAUAGACGCAAAUACCAAAAAGCUAAAAAUUCGAAUUUUUGUCAUUCGGUGAUGCAAUCUCUGGCAUUACGCUAAAUUCGAGCUGAGAGAUAAGAAAGAAAGAUCCUUUCGAUUCGAAACAUUGAACAAUCUCGUUUCGUUGUUCUUCGAUUCCUCUGAUUAAAAUGGCGAAUGCAUCUGGGUUCUUCACUCAUCCUUCGAUUCCUAACCUACGAAGCAGAGUCCAUGUUCCGAUUAGAGUUUCUCGAUCUGGGUUUUGCGUUUCGACUCGAUUCUCUAAAAGGGUUUUGUGUUCUACCGUCAGCUCCGUCGAUGGCGUUGAUAAACAUGCUUCGCCGUCUCCUUCUCAAUAUCAACGACCCAGGUUAGUGCCGAGUGGCUGCAAAUUGAUUGGCUGUGGAUCAGCGGUUCCAAGUCUAUUGAUAUCUAAUGAUGAUCUUGCAAAAAUAGUCGACACUAAUGAUGAAUGGAUAGCUACUCGUACUGGUAUUCGCAAUCGUCGAGUUGUGUCAGGCAAAGAUAGCUUGGUUGGCUUAGCAGUAGAAGCAGCGACCAAAGCCCUUGAAAUGGCAGAGGUUGUUCCUGAAGAUAUUGACUUAGUCUUGAUGUGCACUUCCACUCCUGAUGAUCUAUUUGGUGCUGCUCCACAGAUUCAAAAAGCACUUGGUUGCACAAAGAACCCGUUGUCUUAUGAUAUCACAGCUGCUUGUAGUGGAUUUGUUUUGGGUCUAGUUUCAGCUGCUUGUCAUAUAAGGGGAGGCGGUUUUAAGAAUGUUUUAGUGAUUGGGGCUGAUACUUUAUCUCGGUUUGUUGAUUGGACGGAUAGAGGGACUUGCAUUCUAUUUGGGGACGCUGCUGGUGCUGUGGUUGUCCAGGCUUGUGAUAUUGAAGAUGAUGGUUUGUUCAGUUUUGAUGUGCACAGCGAUGGGGACGGCCGAAGACAUUUGAAUGCUUCUGUUAAAGAAUCCCAAAUUGAUGGUGAAACCAGCUCCAAUGGCUCGGUCUUUGGAGACUUUCCACCAAAACAGUCUUCUUAUUCGUGUAUUCAGAUGAAUGGAAAAGAGGUCUUUCGCUUUGCUGUGAAAAGUGUUCCUCAAUCUAUUGAGUCUGCUUUACAAAAAGCCGGUCUUCCUGCUUCUGCCAUCGACUGGCUCCUCCUCCAUCAGGCGAACCAGAGAAUAAUAGACUCUGUGGCUACAAGGCUGCAGUUUCCACCAGAGCGAGUAAUAUCGAAUUUGGCUAACUACGGUAACACGAGCGCUGCUUCGAUUCCUCUAGCUCUUGAUGAGGCGGUGAGAAGCGGAAAAGUUAAACCAGGACAUACCAUAGCCACAUCCGGUUUUGGAGCCGGUUUGACGUGGGGAUCAGCUAUCGUCCGGUGGAGAUAAAGGGCCAAGUCCGACAUGUUAGUUUACUUCAGAGCCAUACAAAAUUUUCUCCGUUGAGGAACACUGCAAAUUGGUUUAAUCGGUCUUUGUUUAGACCGGUUAAACUAGAGGUAAAGCGCAUUUUGUCGUCUCUCUCUUUUUUUUUUGAAGGUUUCAUUGUUGUCACUUUGUUUAACUUGUUAGUUAUUUCGAAUGCUAAUAAUGAAAAAGAAGUAAAAAAAAAAAGGCAUUCUUUCAUCAUUUCUUGUUUGUAAUGUUAAGACAACAUUUCUCCCAUUUGCUUAAUAUGUUCUUCUUCUGUUUUUUGAGAA